AUGGCCGGUAUGAAACCGAAAGCUCCUCCCAAAGUUCAAGGCAAAGAUAUCAGAGGCUUUUUCAAUGGAGGGAGUGGUCACACGACACCAUCCGGCUCUCAGCGCUCUCACUUCUUUACUAAGAGCCAGCGGGUUAUGGAGGAAGACGAUGAGCCUGCACCACGUCCCGCACUUGAGCGCAAGAAGGCUGUCCUUCUUUCGAGCGAUGACGAGGACGAAGAUGUCAAAGUGUCACCGCCCAAGAAAAAACCGGCCACCAAGGCCCCGUCGAAGAAAGCGCCUGCUGCCAAACCCCAGCCCACAAAGGCCAGCAGAUCCGACAAAAAGGCUGCCACUAUUGCCAAAGGUGAUGACGAGCCUGAGGAAAAGCCGAAACCGAAGUUUAACUGGGCGGCGGCAAAGGCGGCCAAGAUGGCAGGCCCUGUCGCUCCAGGCUCGAAGCCCAUUCCUCAAGCAGCAGCUCCAGAUUGCCUAGCAGGGCUCACGUUUGUCUUUACAGGCGAACUCAGCAGCUUAUCCCGCGAUGAGGCGAUCGAACUGGCCAAACGUCAUGGCGGUCGUGUAACAGGCCAACCCUCUUCUAAAACGUCAUUCGUCGUCCUCGGAUCUGAUGCUGGCCCAAGCAAGCUUGCCGCAAUCAAGAAGAACAACCUCACGACGCUCGAUGAGGACAGCUUCCUACAGCUGAUCGCGACGCGUGUGCCCGACCCGAAUAAAUUGGACAAUAAGACAAAAAAGAAGCAGGAGAAAGAGGAAGAGGCAAUUCGUACCGCAGCGAAGGAGAUGGAACGGCGCGAGAAACAAACUGCGCAAGGCGGCGGCGCGAAGGGUACGAGGUUGGUGCGACGCAGCGUCGCAACCUGUGGGCGACUGACACGAUAUUUUGCCGUGUCAUUUGACAAUCUCACAAACACGAAACAGAACAGCACCAAUAUCGCCAACACGUCACUGGAUGGGUGGAUGACCGGAGGCAACACGUCAAACGCAGUCGGUGUAACGAUCACGGAUAAGACAUGUUUGAUCAUGGACGAGGUGGAUGGCAUGUCUGCUGGAGACAGAGGGGGUGUUGGUGCUCUCGCAGCCCUGAUCCGCAAGACGAAGAUCCCGAUCAUAUGUAUUGCCAACGAUCGAGGGGCUCCUAAAAUGAAACCAUUGUCCAACGCUGCGUACAAUUUAACGUUCAGGCGACCAGAGGCGACCACCAUUCGCUCGAGAAUUCUCUCCAUUGCCUUCAAAGAGAAAAUGAAGAUUCCUGCCAAUGUCAUCGAUCAACUAGUCGAAGGUGCCCAAUCGGAUAUACGACAAGUCUUGAAUAUGCUCUCCACAUGGAAGUUAUCUAACGACACGAUGGAUUUCGACGAGGGCAAGGCUCUUGCAAAGGCAAAUGAGAAGUAUGGAAUCAUGACACCGUUCAACAUCAUCCAGAAGAUGUUGGGUCCAUACAUGUUCUCACCCACAGCCCGGGAGACUUUGAAUGACAAGAUGGAAUUGUACUUCCACGAUCACUCGUUUGUUCCUUUGUUCAUUCAGGAGAAUUACUUGAAAACCCAACCUGCCAAGAUCCGGAAUAUCGACGGCCCUGAGAAGAUACUGAAGCAACUACAGCUGAUGGACAAGGCAGCCUCAUCGAUCUCUGAUGGCGACCUCGUUGACUCUCUCAUCCAUGGCCCCGAACAGCAUUGGUCGCUCAUGCCACUACAUGCUGUGUGCUCAACAGUUCGCCCAGCGUCCUUCCUGUAUGGUAUGGGAGCCGCAUACGGUGGACCCAAUGCGAUGUCUUUCCCUCAAUGGCUUGGCCAGAACUCCAAGCAGAACAAGUUAGUGCGGCAAUUGACUGAGAUCCAGGCGCGCAUGCGUGUCAAGGUCUCUGGAGACAAAACCGAGAUCCGACAAUCAUAUACGCCUGCACUAUUCCCGCACAUCGUGAAGCCGCUCAUGGAUGAAGGCGCUAGCGCUGUCGACGAAGUAAUCGAACGCAUGGACGAUUACUUCCUCACGCGAGAAGACUGGGACACAAUUGUAGAGCUGGGCCUCGACCAUAACAAGGAUGAUAUUGUCCUUAAGAAGAUCUCAACUGCGACAAAGACAUCAUUCACAAAAAAAUACAACUCCAGAGACCAUCCCAUUCCCUUCUACAAGGCUCAAGACUUUGGCAAGGCACCCAAGAAACUGGCUGCUGGUCCACUGCCCGAUCUCGAGGAGUUUCUCGAUGUCGAUGACGAUAAGUAG